CCAAAUCUGAGUUUCGAGGCAGUGUCCAAGUCUACUGUAGCCAACCUCGCGCCAUUGACGGUUCUAUUGCCGUUUCCCAUAUCUUCGUUGUGCCAGAUGGGCUCGAGCCUAGAUGUUGGGCGGGCUGUCUCGAGCCACAUGCUCAGCCAUCGCGAUCGCUUCGCAGGCAUCAAGCAGGGACUCGCCGUCGAAGUCGAGAGCAGCAUAAUCCUGAUACAGGAACUCUUGCAAGAUCUGGACAGCACGAAGGCGGCGUUGCAGGAGACGCAGCUCGACCUUGCCAAUGAGUGUGUUGCCCGGCGGCGUUUGCAGCAGGAGAUCCUCGACGAAAAGGCUCUGGCCGAGACUCGAGGACGACGACCAUUCGUUGUCGCGUUGAUUGACGCCGACACUGAAUGCUAUUUUUUCAAAGAUGAGUUUCUCAGCCAGGGUCUCGCAGGAGGCGAGCUCGCUGCGGACGCACUUCAUACUGCAUUACGGCAGUUUGUGCAGGAUAUCCCUUCCGUACCUGGCAACGUUGAUAUCAUUGUCAAAGCCUUCGCCAAGAUGAGCGGCCUCGGCCCUGUGUUGCAGCAAGCAGGCAAGGUGCGCACCCAGGAGCAGCUGCGGGCUUUUGCCGCCGGCUUCUCCAGGCGCAAGCCAUUCUUUGACUUUAUUGACGUCGGGCCGAUGAAGGAAGGCGCCGACAACAAGUUGAAAGCCAAUGCCGAGCUCUUCCUGGAUAGUUUCCAGUGCAAGCACCUUGUGCUGGGCUGCGUCCAUGACGAGGGGUACGCGACGUGGCUUCAGCCGUAUGUCGGGGAUGAACAUCUGGCCAGCCGUAUGACCCUUGUCGAGGGCGACUCUUUUGUGCCGCAGAUGCGCCGGCUGAACCUCAACUCGGCUCGUUUUGACACGGUUUUUCAGGGCGUGCGUGAUAUCAGUGCGAGCCCGUCCUAUGCUUCUGCUGCGGCCGAAGUGGCCAGUGAGACUCGAAAGUUUCCGAGAAUAGACUCGAGUGGCAUUGCUCUCCUCGAAGUCCAAGCCCAUAGGUUGGGCUCUGUUGUGCUUGACGCAAGUGGGAACCGUGUCGACCGGCGCCUACAAGUCAGCAAGGCUGUCGCGGACAGGGUGUCAAAGAGUGAGUUAUGCUACUGGCUCUACUUGCGGGGCCGGUGCGAGAUGGUGCACCAUAUCUCCCACAAACGGAACCACGUUCAUUGUGCGCUCACAGACCCAGAGUUUGAUGCACUCUGGGAGCAGGCGCGAAUGGGCAAAUGUUGGAAGAGCGCGAAAGCAGAGCAGGGAAGAGGCCAGGGCUGUGUUGAUCCUCUUUGUAUUUAUGGGCACAACAAGUAAGGCACAUUUGCCUGCGUUGGGCGGCUCAUGGUUUUCUGUUUAGUUUGGGAGCUUACUUUGGAUCAUGUGCCCGGAAUUUGUCUAAAGGCUCAAUUGCCGUACU